CAGCAGCGGCAGCAGCAGCAGUAGUUUAGCCGCCGGUCACUGCUCCUUCUCCGGCUGUCAACCAGAGGCUCAGCCGCUAUUUACCGCCAUGUUGUCACGGUCCCGGUGUGCUUACCGGGCGCUGGGCCGGUCCCUGUCAGCGGUGAGCCAGCCCAAUAAUGUGCUGCACAGACAAAGUGUAUCUGGCCUCUCUGUCUGCAGCCGGCUGGUUUACAGGAGUCCUGAGAUAUGUCAAUUUCCAUCAGCAGUGAAUGUCUUCCACAUCAGAUACUUCAGAACCUCAACUGUUCACAGGGAGGAUGUCGUCACCGUCAAAACUCCUGCAUUCGCAGAAUCUGUUUCAGAGGGAGACGUGAGGUGGGAGAAAGCUGUGGGCGACUCAGUGACAGAAGAUGAGGUGGUGUGUGAGAUUGAGACGGACAAGACCUCUGUUCAAGUCCCGGCUCCAGCAUCUGGAGUGAUUGAGGAGCUGCUGGUUCCCGAUGGAGAGAAGGUAGAAUCAGGAACUCCCCUCUUCAAACUGCGGAAAGGAGUCGUCGCUGCCAAAGCUGCCCCAGCUGCAGAAGCUGCAGUGCCUCCUCCUCCACCUCCAGCUUCAACCCCCACAGCCAUGCCUAAAGUGCCCCCAGCACCACCACAGGCGGCCCCGGCCAAACCUGUUUCUGCCAUGAAAGCUGCUCCUGCACCUCCAGCACUCGCUCCUCCAACAGAAGGCAGCAGAGGAGAAAACAGGGUGAAGAUGAACCGUAUGAGGUUGAGGAUCGCCCAGCGGCUGAAGGAGGCUCAGGAAACCUGCGCCAUGCUGACCACCUUCAACGAGGUCGACAUGAGCAACAUCCAGGAGAUGAGGAAACUCUAUAAAGAUGCUUUCCUGAAGAAGCACGCCGUCAAACUGGGUUUCAUGUCAGCGUUUGUGAAAGCUGCAGCAUACGCUCUCACUGACCAACCUGCUGUCAAUGCUGUCAUCGAUGACACCACUAAAGAGAUCAUCUACAGGGAUUAUGUGGACAUAAGUGUCGCUGUGGCAACUCCAAAAGGGCUCGUGGUUCCAGUGAUCCGUAACGUUGAGACCAUGAACUUCACUGACAUUGAGAAAGCCAUUAACGCUCUGGGAGAAAAGGCUCGUAAAAAUGAGAUUGCUGUUGAAGAUAUGGACGGAGGCACUUUCACCAUCAGCAAUGGUGGCGUGUUCGGCUCCAUGUUUGGAACGCCCAUCAUCAACCCUCCCCAGUCCGCCAUCCUCGGCAUGCACGGAAUCUUCGAGCGACCUGUUGCUAUAAACGGCCAGGUGGAGAUCCGGCCCAUGAUGUACGUGGCGCUGACGUACGACCACCGACUCGUUGACGGCAGAGAAGCCGUCACUUUCCUGCGGAAGAUCAAAUCUGUGGUGGAAGAUCCACGACUGCUGCUUCUGGACAUGUGAAGUGUCUUCCACCGCAACGCUCAGCCGCUUAAAAUGAACUCCACUUCACAAAAACACGCACAAAACGCUCUACACAACAACUUUCCUCUUUUUAAGUGUUCAGUCUAACUCAUGGAGCUUUAAUAGGCUAUUUUAUUGAUAGAGAUUCAUUUGAAUUGUCCGCCCUUGCAAAAAAAAAAAUGUUUAGAAAAAUAGUUUGUCUUCAGUCACAUUGAUGUUACAUGUCUUUGUUGAAGCACCUAAGGGGGUGUUAUUAUGCCCAUGUGCUCUUCAGAUGCUCACAUGUAUCAGUAGAUUAAGCAGCGUCCUGGUUAAAAACGAUUUCUUUCCCCUCAGCCACAGUUGGCUGCAAGUCCUUCUCCCCCGUUCCCCAGUCGAUGCUCCUGAGCUGCUCUUUCCACCGUCGGGCCGAACGUCGCUCCCCCAGAUGAGUUCAAGAUGUUUUAAUGUUAACACAGGACUGAAAGAUUUCCUCGGUUUGCUGCGAGUCAUCAGCAGUAGCUGCCGUCUGGAAAAAGAGGAAACUGGAUUUUUUUGAGUAGGGAACUUGUGUAUAUCAGUUCCAUACCAGGAAAUCCAUGUUGACUGUCUGACGAGAACGUGUGUAGAGGUGAAUGAGUUCAGUUAUAUUCCUGCUUCGCUCACUUCAAUCAUGUUCUGCACUAUAUUCUGUUGUUUUUUAAACUUUUCUCACUGCUCUCAUAAACUAAACUGUUGAUGAGACUGAAUUCAAUGUUCAUCUGCAGAAAACACCAACCAGACACUAUUUCUUUUUUUACAUAUACAAAUAUAUCUUAUGUUACUUAAUGGGCUUUUAGUUGUGGGAGGGGGGGGGAGUUCGAAACGCACAAGUUGGUGUCAUGUUUUUGUGUUUUAUGUUCUUGGAUCUUUCCCAGUGCUAUAAUUUACAUAAAAUACGUGUAUCUAUUUAAAGACACCAUUUUAAACAUGAAACAUCUCAAGAGUUUUAUGUAAUAAAACUUGUCUUGCACAUUU